GCGCGAAGCAAACUCGCUUUGCUCUGCUCCAGCUCCGACAGCUUCUGUUGGCUCCGGAGACGCAGGUCCAGAGGGAUCCGUGAUGAGCUGCAGUCGCCCCUGUGUCUGUAGCCAUGGCACCAGUGUGGAGGAAAGUACAUGGUAUGGGGUUGACUUCUAUCCUAAUCUCUUCUACAAUGACUGGCUGGGUACCACCACUCUCCCCUAUAACCCAGAGAGAAUCCCCAUCCGGUAUAUCAACCGACCCUGGCCCUCCCUGUGUUGGAAGGUUACCGUGGCCGUGGCCUCUCUGUUUCUCCUGCUGGGUGUGGCAGCCCUGACCACUGGCUAUGCAGUGCCCCCUAAACUAGAGCUUGUUAACGAAAGCAAGUUCUCAUCGAUGGAGGAUCCAGUCGCCGACUACAACCAAGCCCUCAUGACCUGCCGUGUGGUAGGAGCGACGCUGUGCGGGGUGGCGGGGAUCAUGCUGGCUGUCUGCCUCUUCCUGAUCGCCUCUGGCUGGAUGUUCCAGGACAUCAAGGCAGAGCCCCUCGUCACUGAGGCUGACAGCCCCGUGGAGGUAUUCAGGGAUGAGCCUGAGAAGCUGUCCCCUGCCUUCCAUGAGGCCAGUAGUCAGUCGCCUUUCUUGACCCCGCCCAGCCCUUUUGGGCAGCAGUCUGUGCAGCCCCAGCGGGACUUGUAAGUCUUCAGGCAGGAGGAGUCAGACCCUUCCAGCCUGGCACUCCUUGCUUUCGUCACCCUGACUACUUCCUCUCAGCAGUGCCAAUCUCUCUAGGACCCUUAUAGCUCUCCCCUCCCCCCAAAUCAAGUCCCACGCUACAAUCUCACCCCUGCCCAGGAUGGGAGCAAACUCAACCAAGAACUGCUCAUUCAGACUCGUGAAAACGACCCAGAGAGGGCCCAGAAACAACCCAGGAAGGCCCAGGGCAUGACUGACGAUCUGAGUUUUAUCUCUCAGACCUACAUGGUGGAAGAGAACUGGCUCCCCCCAGUUGUUCUCUGACCCUCACCCCCAACCCCCAAUCACACAAAAAAAAAGGGAAUAAAAAUAAAAAUUCCAAGGAUUAGGACAAGUGGAAUGUUUUUGCCACUCAAAGUCCACCCCCUAGACAGCAGUGCCCUCUGGACUUGAUCCUGAGCCUACCAAUAAACCUGUGUGCACUCCGUUAGGCCCCAGCACCUUCUUCCUAUGGGUGAUCCAGCCAAAAGCAUGUCCUCCUGUAGGACGCUAGAGGGCGCACUAGGACAGCGUCGGAUCCUGUCUCUGGCUUCCUGGAUGGGAGGAAGAGGGCUCAGGCACUCCCCACCACCUUUGUGCCCCCCUCUGGUUGUACUCUCCAGGUCCCUGUUUCUCACCUCCUCCAUCUUGCUUCGCAUUUCAAUAAACAGUUGAUGCAUACCA